CCACCCCAUGUCGGUGGCCCCCGCCUACAAUGAGGACAAGGGUGGCUCCGCGGGCCCAGGGGAGCCCGAGUACGGCCACGACCCGGCCAGCGGCGGCAUCUUCUCCUCCGAUUACAAGCGGCACGAUGACCUGAAGGAGAUGCUGGACAGUAACAAGGAUUCCCUCAAGCUGGAGGCCAUGAAGAGGAUUGUGGCGAUGAUCGCCCGGGGAAAGAAUGCCUCAGACCUGUUUCCCGCUGUGGUGAAGAACGUGGCCUGUAAGAACAUAGAGGUGAAGAAGCUGGUCUACGUGUACCUGGUGCGCUACGCUGAGGAGCAGCAAGACCUGGCCCUGCUGUCCAUCUCCACCUUCCAGCGCGGCCUCAAGGACCCCAACCAGCUGAUCCGCGCCAGUGCCCUCCGUGUCCUCUCUAGCAUCCGCGUGCCCAUCAUAGUGCCCAUCAUGAUGUUGGCCAUCAAGGAAGCUGCCUCGGACAUGUCGCCCUACGUGCGGAAAACGGCCGCCCAUGCCAUCCCUAAACUCUACAGUUUGGAUUCUGACCAGAAGGACCAGCUGAUCGAGGUCAUUGAGAAGCUCCUGGCCGACAAGACCACGCUGGUGGCGGGCAGCGUGGUGAUGGCCUUCGAGGAGGUGUGCCCGGAGCGCAUCGACCUGAUCCACAAGAACUACCGGAAGCUCUGCAACCUGCUCAUCGACGUGGAGGAGUGGGGCCAGGUGGUCAUCAUCAGCAUGCUCACCCGCUACGCGCGCACGCAGUUCCUGAGCCCCACGCAGAACGAAUCCCUGCUGGAGGAGAACCCCGAGAAAGCCUUCUACGGCUCGGAGGAGGACGAGGCCAAGGGCGCGGGGUCGGAGGAGGCGGCCUCCGCGGCGCUGCCCGCCCGGAAGCCCUAUGUCAUGGACCCGGACCACCGGCUGCUGCUGCGCAACACGAAGCCGCUGCUGCAGAGCCGCAGCGCCGCGGUGGUCAUGGCCGUGGCGCAGCUCUACUUCCACCUGGCGCCCAAGGCCGAGGUGGGCGUCAUCGCCAAGGCGCUGGUGCGCCUGCUGCGCAGUCACAGUGAGGUGCAGUACGUGGUGCUCCAGAACGUGGCCACCAUGUCCAUCAAGCGCCGGGGUAUGUUCGAGCCCUACCUGAAGAGCUUCUACAUCAGGUCCACCGACCCCACCCAGAUCAAGAUCCUGAAGCUGGAAGUGCUGACCAACCUGGCCAACGAGACCAACAUCCCCACGGUCCUGCGGGAAUUCCAGACCUACAUCCGCAGCAUGGACAAGGACUUCGUGGCAGCCACGAUCCAGGCCAUUGGACGCUGUGCCACUAACAUAGGCCGAGUCCGUGACACCUGCCUCAACGGCCUGGUGCAGCUGCUGUCCAACCGUGAUGAGCUGGUGGUCGCGGAGUCGGUGGUCGUCAUUAAGAAGCUGCUGCAGAUGCAGCCAGCACAGCACGGGGAGAUCAUCAAGCACCUGGCGAAGCUCACGGACAACAUCCAGGUGCCCAUGGCCCGCGCCAGCAUCCUGUGGCUCAUCGGCGAGUACUGUGAGCACGUCCCCAAGAUCGCACCCGACGUCCUCAGGAAAAUGGCCAAGUCCUUCACAGCCGAGGAGGACAUUGUCAAGCUGCAGGUCAUCAACCUGGCGGCCAAGCUCUACCUGACCAACUCGAAGCAGACCAAGCUGCUGACCCAGUACGUGCUGAGCCUGGCCAAGUACGACCAGAACUAUGACAUCCGUGACCGCGCACGCUUCACCCGGCAGCUCAUCGUGCCUUCGGAGCAGGGCGGGGCCCUCAGCCGCCACGCCAAGAAGCUCUUCCUGGCGCCCAAACCAGCCCCCGUCCUGGAGUCGUCCUUCAAAGACCGGGACCACUUCCAGCUGGGCUCACUGUCCCACCUGCUCAAUGCCAAGGCCACAGGCUACCAGGAGCUCCCCGACUGGCCAGAGGAAGCCCCGGACCCCUCCGUGCGCAACGUGGAGGAAGAAGAUCUCUCCCUUAUUGAGACCCACGUGGGCCUGCUGGGCGAAUACACUGAGGUACCUGAAUGGACCAAGAGCUCAAAUCGGGAGAAGAGGAAGGAGAAGGAGAAACCCUUCUACUCAGACUCUGAGGGCGAGUCGGGCCCCACGGAGUCCGCAGACAGUGAACCCGAGUCCGAGAGCGAGCCGGACAGCAAGAGCAGCAGCGAGAGCGGCUCUGGGGAGUCGAGCAGCGAGUCUGACAAUGAAGAUCAGGAUGAGGAUGAGGAGAAGGGGAGGAGCAGCGAGAGUGAACAGAGUGAGGAGGAAGGUGAGAAGAGCAAGAGAAAGAAGAGGAAGAAGGUGACGGAGGGACAAGGAGAAGGCUCGUCCUCGGAUGAGGGCAGUGAUUCCAGCAGCAGCUCCUCAGAGUCCGAGGUGUCGUCGGAGAGCGAGGAGGAGCAGGGGGAACCCGUGUCCUGGAGGAAGAAGACGCCUCCCAGCAGCAAAAGUGCCCCUGCAGCCAAGGAGGUGUCCCUGCUGGAUCUCGAGGACUUCACCCCUACCAGCGCCCAGCCUGUGUCUCCCCCCACGGUCGUGUCCAGCAGUCUGGCCGCAGACCUGGAGGGCCUGACCCUCACGGACUCCCCGCUGGUGCCCUCGCUGCUGAGCCCGGUGUCUGGCGUGGGGCGGCAGGAGCUGCUGCACCGCGUGGCGGGCGAGGGCCUGGCUGUGGACUACGCCUUCAGCCGCCAGCCCUUCUCCGGGGACCCCCACAUGGUGUCUCUGCUCAUCCACUUCUCCAACAGCUCCGACACCCCCAUCAAGGGCCUGCAUGUGGGCACCCCCAAACUGCCUGCAGGCAUCAGCAUCCAGGAGUUCCCUGAAAUCGAGUCCCUGGCACCUGGAGAAUCUGCUACUGCUGUCAUGGGCAUUAAUUUCUGUGACUCCACCCAGGCGGCCAACUUCCAGCUGUGCACCCAAGUGCGACAGUUCUAUGUCUCCAUUCAGCCGCCGGUUGGGGAGCUGAUGGCCCCGGUGUUCAUGAGUGAGAAUGAGUUUAAGAAGGAACAGGGAAAGCUGACGGGCAUGAACGAGAUCACAGAGAAGCUCACGCUGCCGGACAGCUGUCGGAGUGACCACACUGUGGUGCAGAAAGUGACCGCCACGGCCAACCUGGGCCGUGUCCCUUGUGGGACGUCUGACGAGUACAGGUUUGCAGGGAGGACACUGACCAGCGGGAGCCUGGUCCUGCUGACCCUGGAUGCGCGGUCCCCCGGCCCGGCCCAGCUGACAGUCAACAGCGAGAAGAUGGUGAUCGGCACCAUGCUGGUGAAGGAUGUGGUGCAAGCUCUGACCCAGUGACCCCCAAGUGUCCGACUUCUCUGCCACUGGUUUCUCCCUCAUGACACCUGGGCUGUUAGCACCCUUCUCUCUCUCUCUCUCUCUCUCUCUC